UGCCGGCGGAAUUCACGAGUCCAACGAAACAGGCAUGGAGAGGAAAUGACGGCGCGCGGCACUCAAAGUGUAAUGCCAUUGAAACAGAGCAGAUGAGAGACUUGAGAAACGCAAACGCUCGCGAACGCGGAUAUAUAUAAACAUUGUCAGGUCACGUGCCAAAACACGCUCAACCAACAAACACCAGCGCUAGUGCUCCCUCCAGGAAACGGAUUUGAGUCUACUCGAGUACGCAAACGGUCAAUCACCCACUUCAGCAGCAGCAUCAGCCAUCGUAUUCGACAAGAUCCCGAAAUCCCCGAACCCUCCCGCACACCUUUCACGAACCAAAACAAUGCUGCAAGCUGGUCUCAUCCAAAACGCACACAGCGACCUCGUCACCGACGCGUCCUACGAUUUCUACGGACUCCACCUCGCGACGUCCAGCCUCGAUCAACGGAUCAAAGUAUGGCAGCUAGACGAUCCCACCGGAAACUGGGCCGUGCAGGACGACUGGAAGGCGCACGACGCGGCCAUAUCCAAACUCAGCUGGGCCCACCCCGAGUUCGGCACCGUCCUCGCGUCUGGAUCUUUCGACCGUACCGUGAAGGUAUGGGAGCAGACGAUCGUCGCAGACGCGGACGCCUCACAGAUGAGCGGCGGCAACGCCGGCCCUUCGGGUGUCUCGCGCUGGGCAGAACGCGCGACGUUCGCCGAGGCGAAAGGGACGGUGCGCGGCGUCGAGUUUGCCCCUCACUAUUUCGGUCUCAAGUUGGCGACCAUAUCCUCCGACAACAACCUGCGUAUAUACGAGUGCCGGGAACAGCCGUCACUGACAACCUGGCAAUUGCUAGAUGAGAUUGACGUCGUGUCUCUCUCGUCUGCAUCUGCAUCUACAUCGCGCGCUGCUGCGCUGAAUGCCACAUCGUCGACGCCGACGCAACCGGCCGCGACGCUAGAAGCGGUGUCUGCCUCCCUGGCGCCCCAUGCUGCACAACAGCAACAACAGUCCCAAGUGCCAAGUCGGCCGGGAUUAGGCACUCGCGAGGCUGACGGAGGAUGGUGCAUAUCCUGGUGCAAAGAUCGGUAUUGGGGAGAGGUGAUUGCUGCAGGUUGCGGCAUCAACGGCGUCAUCAAGGUCAUCCAACUCCAUCCAUCCGGACGCGCAAUGAACGUGCUGACCCUCGACCCGUCACCAACGGCGUACGCGUCUUCCGGCGAGGCCACCGCAAGGGGCACCUCGACGCCAACAGAAGGCGAGCCGCCGACGCCGUUCGCGAUCACGUCCGUCGCGUGGGCGCCGUCGUGCGGGCGUUCGUACCACCUUGUCGCGACCGGGGGGCGGGACGGGCACGUACGGAUCUGGCGCGUGAAGCCCCCGACGCCGGGCUCGGAUACUGAGGGUGAUGCGGAUGCAGAGGAGAGCAGGUGGUCCGCGAGCGUUGUUGCUGAUUUUGACGACCACAAAUCGGCCGUCGGGCGAGUCGAGUGGAAUGUCACGGGAACCAUCCUCUCGUCGGCAGGGAACGAUGGGCGGGUGCGGUUAUGGAAGAUGACCGCGGGCAACGUCUGGAGGCCCGCGGGACACAUCAGCGUUGAGCAGGCGGAGGAGGAGCAGGUGGACGUUGAUAUGGACGAUAACGCGGUUGAGGACUAGACUAUAUUCG